UACACACUUUUUCUUUCCUGCCACCGACGCGGCAUGUGAUUUUUGUUUUUUCUGUUUGAAUACAUUUUCAAGUAAAAUUAUAACUCAACUCCGUGUACACAGCAUGGACCUGAAUGAUGCUGUGCUCACCUGUGCGGUAAAUGUACACUGGGCCAACGCAGUGGGAAUCACGGGCCGUAAGCUGGCUUAUAAGACGGCCACCCUGCGCUUGGUUCGCAACGAUAUCCGGGAGCUGUUUGUUGAGAUGACGCCGGAGAAACUGAAGCCCCUGAAGUUCAAGUUGAAGGAUCUGAUGGUGCACAAGAAGUUUAUGGCCGAGGGCAAGGCCACGUUCAACUUCAAGGCGGAGAACUGUGCCCUCUAUCUGUCCAAUGCCCCGCCCGGCACCCUGAUGUUCUUUCUGCGCACAAUAUUCAUCAAGAUGAACGGCGCUGGUGGGCAGCCGGACGAGGCCACGAUGCAGAAGAAGCUCAGGGAGCACUUGCUCUCGGGCAAGCCCAGCAACUUCGAGGACGUGUCGCCCGUGACCACAGCGGAGAUGAUUUUGGCGCGCAAAAAGGCGGGACUUGUUUCCAAAGGAACCACCACCACACCCUCGCCACAGGGUGCCAAGAAGCGGCGCUUCGACGAGCUCAAGGAUCAGGAUCGAGAGAAAGGCACCGUGCCGGCGGCCAAGAAGCUGUAUCAAUCCUCGCCACUGGCCGGAACAGACGAAUCGCUGCGCCUCAGCGAGGAGCAAAUGGAAGUGCUGCGUGCCUGCACCACGGGCAAAAAUGUCUUCUUCACUGGGUCUGCUGGAACCGGCAAGAGUUUCCUUUUGCGCAGAAUCAUCUCUGCUCUGCCGCCGGAUGGAACUAUAGCCACUGCUUCCACGGGUGUGGCUGCGUGCCUCAUUGGUGGCACUACGCUGCAUGCCUUUGCGGGAAUUGGCGGCGGAGAUGCCACCAUGCAGCGGUGCCUGGAGCUGGCCUCGCGUCCUGUCAGUGCCCAGACAUGGCGGAAGUGCAAGCGACUGAUCAUCGAUGAGAUCUCCAUGGUGGAUGGGCAGUUCUUUGAGAAAAUCGAGGCAGUGGCCCGGCACAUUCGUCGCAAUGAGCGUCCCUUUGGCGGCAUUCAGCUGAUCCUUUGUGGCGACUUCCUGCAGCUGCCGCCCGUGAUUCGCGGGGAUUUUGGUGCGGCUCCCAGCGCCACGCCCCAGCAGCGCUUCUGCUUUCAGUCCAGCGCCUGGGAGACCUGCAUUCAGUGCGUUUACGAGCUGAAGCAGGUGCACCGACAGUCGGACCCGGAAUUCGUCAAGAUCCUGAAUCAUCUGCGCAUUGGUCAUGUGAAUGAAUCGAUUACCACGCGUCUGGCGGCCACAUCCAGGCAGAAGAUCGAGGGCAAUGGCAUCCUGGCCACGCAGCUCUGCUCCCACACGAAUGACGCCAAUUCCAUUAACGAAUCGAAGCUGGAGAACCUCAAAGGCGACAAGGUGCUCUUCCGAGCAGACGACUCCGAUGCCGGAAUGACCAAGCAGCUGGAUCAGCAGGUCCAGGCCCCAUCCCAGCUCUAUCUCAAGGUGAAUGCCCAGGUGAUGCUGCUCAAGAACAUAAAUAUAUCCAAUGGACUGGUCAAUGGAGCCCGCGGUGUGGUGGUGCGCAUGGAAAAUGAUCUGCCAGUGGUGAGGUUCAAGAACAAUGAGGAGUACGUCUGCAAGCACGAAAAGUGGAUCAUCAAGACAGCCACCGGUGGGGUGGUCACCCGUCGUCAGGUUCCGCUAAAGCUCGCCUGGGCCUUCUCCAUCCACAAGAGCCAGGGCCUCACCCUCGACUGCGUGGAGAUGUCUCUCUCUAAGGUCUUUGAGGCGGGUCAGGCCUAUGUGGCACUGUCCCGAGCCAAGUCCCUGCAAUCCGUCCGCAUUCUAGAUUUCGAUGCCAAGCAAGUGUGGGCCAAUCCUCAGGUGCUGCAGUUCUACAAGGGCUUCCGGCGACGCCUCAUGGACACGACAAUGAUUCCCCUGGGACCCAAGAACAAGGACAAGCGCCCAGGCGAUGCCAACAGUGCCUUGGCCAAGAUCAAAAAGAGUCUGAUGAGCAAACCAUUGGUAUCCAUUAGCUGAUUAGAGGAUGGCACUCGGCUUUUUCAUGAAUUUAGUUAGGAUUUGUAUAACCUGAAGACUGCUUUUCUUUUGGAGGCUUUUCCACAAUAUUUUUAGCAUAUAUAGAGCAACUAUCGACCCAAAGUGGGGAAUAAUACGAACAAACUAGCAUUAACCAAUAAGCUGACAUUAAAAACUAUGUACUGCAAUUAAACGGAAAACGGCAACAAAUUCCUCGCCGAAAUUAAUUAUACAACAAAA